CAUCAGAACCCAAGAUGGCGGCAGUUUUACCGAGGGAAUGCCAUGUGCAUCCAGUAGUUUUAUUCAGCAUUGUAGACUCUUACGAAAGAAGAAAUGACGAAGCUGCAAGGGUGAUUGGAACUCUAUUAGGUACAAACAUCAACGGAAUUGUUGAAAUCACAAACUGUUUCUGCGUCCCACACAAUGAAUCAGAAGAUGAGGUUGCUGUUGAUAUGGAGUUUGCAAAGAAUAUGUACGAUCUUCACAAAAAAGUCAAUGCAAAUGAGACCAUUAUUGGAUGGUAUGCAACAGGAGCAGAUAUUUCAGACCAUUCUCUCUUGAUACAUGAAUACUAUUCCAGAGAAUGUACCAACCCGGUUCAUCUUACCAUUGAUACAACAGUCACAGACUUAAAGAUGUCUACAAAAGUCUGGAUACGACAGACAAUGGGUGUACCUGACAAGUCUAAAGGGACCGUAUUUACCCCUAUCAAGAUGGUCCCUGUAUGUCAUCAACCGGAAAGAGUUGGAUUGGAUACAUUAAUUCGAGGACAAGCUUCUGGCCGCCGUACGAUGGAAACCGUUUCUGAUCUCCAACAUGUCGGCAAAGCAUCGGCUAAACUACAAGAGAUGAUUGCCAUAGUUCUUAGCUACGUUGAUGAAGUAAUGAGUGGCAAGAUUGCAUCCGAUAACCAGAUUGGCCGUUUUCUGAUGGAUCUCGUUGCCAAUGUACCUAAACUAGAACCAGAAGAAUUUGAGAGAAUGAUCAACAGUAACAUGAAGGACUUACUGAUGGUGGUUUACCUGUCCAACCUUGUCGAGACCCAGCUAAAUCUGAAUGAGAAACUCACCCUCAUCGCACAGACUCACCCAUAAGUAAAAAGUAGUAUCUUCCAACCAUACAGACAAAUGGACUAUU